AGGAGGUGGCGACCCAGACUCCCUUAGUGGGGACCUAGGAGAGACUAGGCCCUGCCCGCAGCGCCCCUCCCUCUGCAGCGAAGGGGGGAGGCGUGGAGUGGACCCAGAUUGCUGCUGAGCCAGGCCAAGGGCUGGCAUUAGCCUGGGCCACGGAGGCAGAGAGGCCACCCGAGUGGCAGGCAGGGUGGCCGCAGGGCCCCGCGCAGCAUGGACAGGUCCAGCCAGUGCAUGCACGUGAGGGGACAGUGCACGUGCAAGCUGCAGCCAGCGACCCAGGCCCUGCUCCUUGGACCCGAGACUUUUGGGGCCGGAUGGGACCGUCCGCUGGGCCCAGUCCAGGGUAGGACCGCUGGUCGGCUGCUGUGAGGCACAGAAGGAAAGGGCGGCGGGCUUGGCCCUUCAUGCUGCCCACGGGCCUCCUGGGGCUGCAGCCAGACCAGCCCCUGCACUCCCCACACCCCAAGGCUGGCAGGCCUGGGAUGGGAGCGGGCAGCGUAGUCCCAGGAGGCACGUGCUGAGGUCCCCAGCCAGGCUUGGGGCUUUUCGCCCACUGGAGAAAGGCAGACGGCAGAGGAAGCUUCUGGAAAGAAAUCCUGGCUGGAGACCCGAUGAGUCUGUAUGGUGGGGCUCACCUGCAUGGCCUUCACCUCCUUGGAUCCCCGGUGUAUGGGUCACCUUCCAGAUGAGGCCACUGAGGCACACAGAGCCCGCGCAGCACCCCUCCAGCGCCUCUGUCAAGGCCCAGCUGGCCACCCCCCAGCCCAGGCACGAUGGAGAGGGUGCGGCUUGAGUGUCUGCAGGGCCCGAGAGAUGAGAGCAGCACUGGCGUGGGCACGCGCCACACAAUCCCUUCGGAGAAUCGGGGGGAGCCUCUCUCCCGUGCGUUGCGGGCGCAGGAAGUGAGCAUCCUGCCUGCCCGGGCCCCGCAGCCUGGGGCUCGCUCAGCGGAACGCGUCGUAAAACACAGAGGACCCCAGAAGGAGUCAGACUUAGGCGGAAAGUCAAUCCAGGAAGGGCAGGAGGGGAUACAGGGCAGGAGUCAGUGAGGCCUCAACCCACACUGGGGGGCGUUCCCAGAACAUUCCAGGCGGACUUCCGGCUCUACCCCUGGACAUGAUUCUGGGAUCUGGGGUCAGGCCAGGCAUCUGCAUCUUUAAGGAGCAGUACCAGGUGCCCCAUCAGGAUGAUCCAAAGGACCUGAGGGCUGGUGCCUACACUGACAGCCCCAAGCACCUCCACACCUGCCCACUUCUGCCCUGUGACCUCCUCCCUGCCUGUCCCAAGUCCCCUGGGCACAGCGACCUGGCCAGGAGGCCACGCCAACUCCCUCCUGCAGGUGCCACCUGGAGACACAUGCUGCCUCCGUGCCUGGAUGUUUGACCCAUGGUGGGAAGAGGCAGUGCCUCCAGGUUGCAUGUGAAUGGACCAGGCCUGCAACAGAGCCCACGGGCCGUGGCCUGGCACAGCCGCUGUUCGAGUGCGGGAGCUGGGCUGGCAAGGACCGUACAACCCUCGGCCACAGAGCAAGGACCCGGGCAGCCGUAGGGACAGCCAUGGCGAGCGGCUGGUACAGGAGUACCUGUCACCUGCCCGACUGCGGGCCCUGGCCCAGGUAGAUGACCUUGGACUGGUGAACAUGCUGGAGAUGUGUGUCAACACCCGUGAGAACAGCCUGGGGAACUUUGGGAAGCACCUGCCCAAGCUCAGCCAGCUGAAGCUGAACGGCAGCUGCCUGGGCUCCGUGAGAGACCUGGGCACCUCCCUGGGCUGCCUGCAGGUGCUGUGGCUGGCUCGCUGUGGCCUGACUGACCUGGACGGCGUUGGCUCCUUCCUGGCCCUGAAGGAGCUCUACGUCUCCUACAACAACAUCUCAGACCUGAGCCCGCUGUGCCUGCUCGAGGAGCUAGAGGUGCUGGACCUGGAAGGCAACAGCGUGGACGACCUGGGACAGGUGCGCUACCUGCAGCUGUGCCCGCGGCUGGCCACACUCACUCUGGAAGGCAACCUGGUGUGCCUGCGGCCAGGGCCCAGCCCUUCCAGCAAGGUGCCCCGGGGCUACAACUAUCGGGCAGAGGUGAGGAAGCUCAUCCCCCAGCUGCAGGUCCUGGAUGAGGUGCCGGCCGCACACACUGGCCUGCCGGCCUCCUGGAAGCUGGACCAGGACUGGCUCAUGGUGAAGGAGGCCAUCAAGGAGGCCGGUGUCUUCGAUGGCCUGCUCCCUGGGCUGGAUCAUCCCCAUGGAGCCAACAUUCAGAGACUCAGCUCCGAGCUGUUCUUGCCCGACACCCAGCCUCGGGCCCCCAGGCCGUGGCCCCUCUCCCUACUGGUCCCUGGGGGUCCCCUGCCUGAAAGCCUGCUUCCCAGGGACCCAGCUCCAGAGGAUGACAGCAGCAACCUCACCCACGGUGCUGGCCGGGUCCUCUGCGGGAACCCCACCAAAGGCCUGCGGGAGCGCCGACACCAGUGCCAGGCCUGGGCAGCACCGGAGCCGCUGCCCCCACACAGGCUGGAGGACUCGGCUAUGAGUGCCUCUAUCCCAGGGCCUGACCAGACAGACAGCAGCGGCGACCUCCUGGCCUUGGCUAGGCUUCCGGCCCACAGGGAGCUGGGCCUGUGGUCCCUGGAGUCCCAGCAGGAAGGUGCCACGGCCUCCGGGGGUCCACGGAGGAGCCCUGAAGAGCAAGAGGACAAGUCUAGGCCCAAGACUCCCUCCGGCCCCCCGUGCCUGGCCCCAGAGCCUUUCAGGACCUUGGGCUGUAACCUGAUCCCCUGUCCCCCCAAGAUGCCUUCUGAUUCUAGCCACAGCUCCUGGGGGGCCACAGGCCUGCAGUUCCAGAGGCGCAGGCUCAGAGCUCUGUGCAGCUUAGGGCCUGGCCUGGGCCAGGGAGCUGGCCUGGGGCAGGGGCUGGCUGCAGGGACGGCUCUGAGAGCCCUGGAGGUGACCUCAGGCCCAAGCCCUCGAGCCCAGGGAUGUCCAGGCCCAAAGGCAGCACCAGAUUCAGCAGCCAGAGUCCCUGGCCUGCGGCGCAUGCUGCACCUGAACCCUAUCACCCCAGCCCAGGCCCCCCCCUAGUGUAGCCCCCACCCCCCCACACUGCCAAGCUGCCGGGGACCCCAUGUGAACUCUGACUUCAGGGAGCCCGGGGCUUCUUGGGGAGUGUGUGGGACUGGGUAAUGGCUUGACACAGGAGAGACCCUUCCUGGUGGAGGGGAGUCGGGCAUAAGAAAAGAGGCCAGGCUGAGCGGGUCAGCUGCCCACUCCUCCCACGGGGCCUGGCUUCCCAGGAGGAAGGGGCAGGGGAAGGCCUGGAAGACAGGCUGGGCCCGCGCCCGGGGGGUGGGGGUGGGGGGGCGGUGGUGGCGGGCCCCAGCAGCGCCCUGGCAGGCCCUCCGGAGGCCAGGGUGCAGCCAGGCCUCCCAUCCCCGGGCACCGGUGCGGCUCCUCGCCCACGCGGGACGGGCGGCCAGCUCCCUUCCCUUGGGGGGAGGGACCCCAAAACCAAGCGAAUCCUUUUUGACUCCGGUGUACAUAAACGCGGUUUACUUCGUUGGUGA